UACGCUUUAGCGGGAGCACGUAAUGCAGAGCUUGCAGUAGCGUCUAAUUUCAACAAGUGAGUGGUUGACAGGAAAUAGAGCAGCGGCAUUCGUUCCUACUUUACGUAAAGGAUCAAUCUUAACAAUGGAAAAACACGAAGUACCACCACCUUAUAAUCACCCAACUAAUUACGACCCAUAUAAUCAGCCACAAGCACACUUUCAAAAUCAGCAGCAGUUUCACCCUCAACAACAGUAUCACCCUCAGCAAAAUUUUCAACAGCAGCCACCAUCAGUCAUAUCGACACCUCCAGUUGUGCAACCUCAUCUAACGCAAGUCACCGUCAAUACAGCGGCAGCCUCAGGUGGUGGAUCUUGUCCAGUGUGCCACGUGGGACAUUUUGAAUCUUCGUUCACGCUGUGCGGUUGGCUUUGCUGCAUUUUUUGCUUCCCAGUUGGAAUUAUCUGCUGCCUCUGCAUGCGCAAGAAAGAGUGCAGCCACUGCGGAUUCUCAGUAUCGUAACAACCUGAAAACUGACCCAAAUUUCUUCCUUUGCAUAUUUUAUACAUAUAAAAUUGAUUUGUACUAUAGUUAAGCAUUAUGAUCAAUUUUAAUUUAUUCAGUAUUUUUUAUAUAGGUAAGUUGCAAGCUAUCUAAGCAAAAUAUGCGUGUGAUUAAAAUAGUAAGAACAUAAUUUUAUUGUUAGGUUUAUAAAAUAAUUUCAUUAAAUAGCCGUGAUAAUA